AGACCUCAGCAGUAAUGUGAUCAAGAACAUAGAGAGCAAUGCAUUCGGUGUUCUAAAGCAGCUGCAGAAACUAGACAUCAGCAAGAAUGACAUCACCGAGAUCGAGCCGGGCGCAUUCCAGGGCCUGGACAACCUCCAGAAGCUAGACCUUUCAAACAAUAAGCUGGUGACGAUCAACGCUAGCAUGUUCCUGGGACUCGAAAAUCUCGACAAACUGUCUCUUGCUGGAAACCAGUUCAGCACACUUACCGAUGGAGUUUUUACACAUCUCACGUCACUAUCUAAAAUUGACUUCGGCACGGAGUACCUCACCUGUGACUGCCACCUGGCAUGGAUGCUGCGCUGGGAGAAGGACACGGGCGUCAGGGUGGACAGGUCGACGAGCUGCAGCUUCCCGCGUGACCUUCGUGCGACCCCGUUCAAGACGCUCAAGCGCAAGGACCUGCACUGCAACUGGCCCGUCGAGAUCCCGCUCUUCGAGCUCGUGCCGUCGACGAGCCAGGUGGUAUUCGAGGGCGACAGUCUACCGCUGCGCUGCCGCGUCUCGGGCCUCGUCGGUGAGCCGACGCGUGUCGUUUGGGUGCGCAAGGGUCGCGAGGUGCAGCCUGACGACGACGAUGACGAUGGCGAUGGCGGCGGCGCAGGAGCCGGGCUGCGUCUGCGCACACAGAACACGCACGAUGGCGCCAUCAUCGUGCACGACCUGCAGAUCACCAAGUAA